ACCACCACCGGCCAAGGCAGUACCUAGCAAAUUACACGCAUCGGGAGAUCACAAUGGCUGGGGAGAUCGCGCCGUCGGGCAGCCGGCGGAGCUGGCGCCUGACGUCGUCGGGGCGAGCGGGGUCGAUCGCGCGGUCGCUGGGGACCGGCGGCUACGGCGACCCGGACGACCCGUUCCGGCGGUCGUCGGCCGCGAGCCUCGGCGACCUGGAUGAGGACGAGGAGAACCUGCGGUGGGCGGCGCUGGAGAAGCUGCCCACGUACGACCGCAUGCGGCGGGGCAUCAUCCGGAAGACGCUGGACGCGGACGGCGGCGGCGGCGGCGACGGGGUGACGAAGCGGUACGCGGGCGCCGACGAGGUUGACAUCGCCAGCCUCGACGCGAAACACGGCCGCGAGCUCAUGGAGCGCGUCUUCAAGGCCGCCGCGGACGACGGCGAGCGGUUUCUCCGCCGCUUCAGGGACCGCCUCGACCUAGUGGGCAUCGAGCUGCCGCAGAUCGAGGUGCGGUACGAGCACCUGUCCGUGGAGGCGGACGUCCACGUCGGCAAGCGCGCGCUGCCUACGCUGCUCAACGCCGUCAUCAACACGGUUGAGGGGCUGUUGAGUGGAUUCGGCUCUUCGAACAAGAAGAGGAUUGAGAUACUCAAAGAUGUCAGUGGUAUUCUCAAGCCAUCGAGGAUGACACUUCUUCUCGGACCUCCAUCAUCUGGGAAAAGCACACUAAUGAGAUCCCUAACUGGGAAGCCUGAUUCAAAGCUCAAGGUAUCUGGCAAUAUCACAUACUGUGGUCAUACGUUUUCAGAGUUCUAUCCUGAGAGGACUAGUACAUAUGUUAGUCAGUAUGAUCUACACAAUGGAGAGAUGACAGUUAGAGAGACAUUGGACUUCUCAAGACGAUGUCUAGGCAUUGGUGCCAGAUAUGAUAUGCUCUCAGAAUUAGCAAGAAGGGAGCAAAAUGCAGGCAUUAAGCCUGACCCUGAGAUUGAUGCUUUCAUGAAGGCAACUGCGGUACAAGGAAAGGAGACUAAUGUUAUCACGGAUCUUAUUCUAAAGGUGCUUGGGCUUGAUAUUUGCGCUGAUACUAUAGUUGGGGAUGACAUGAAAAGAGGCAUUUCCGGUGGCCAAAAGAAACGUGUAACAACUGGAGAGAUGCUAACUGGUCCUGCAAGAGCUUUAUUCAUGGAUGAAAUAUCUACUGGGCUUGAUAGCUCUAGCACAUUUCAGAUUGUUAAAUACAUCAGACAGAUGGUCCAUGUGAUGAAUUAUACAGUGAUGAUCUCUCUCCUCCAGCCUCCGCCUGAGACCUACAAUCUAUUCGAUGACAUAAUUCUGCUAUCAGAAGGGUACAUAGUUUACCACGGGCCACGAGAGAACAUACUAGAAUUCUUUGAGAGUGCUGGUUUCCAGUGUCCUGAACGGAAAGGAGUGGCCGACUUCCUUCAGGAGGUGACUUCCAGGAAAGAUCAACAGCAAUACUGGUGCCAUGAUCAUGCGCAUUAUCGUUAUGUCUCAGUCCUGGAGUUCUCCCAGCUUUUCAAGACAUUCCAUGCUGGACAGAAGCUCCAGAAAGAGCUUCAAAUUCCUUAUGUCAAAUCUAAAACACAUCCUGCUGCGUUGACUACCAAGAAGUAUGGACUAUCUAGUAGGGAGUCCCUCAAGGCAGUGCUAUCAAGAGAGUGGUUGCUGAUGAAGCGCAACGCCUUCCUCUACAUAUUCAAGUCAUUUCAAUUGUUUGUCCUGGCAAUUAUAACCAUGACCGUGUUUAUCAGAACAAAGAUGCCCCAUGAGAAAUUUUCUGAUACCAUCAAAUUUAGUGGUGUUUUGACUUCUUCUUUGAUCACAAUUAUGUUCGGUGGACUUUCCGAGGUACAAAUGACUAUUAAAAAACUACCAGUAUUCUACAAACAGAGAGAUUACUUGUUCUUUCCAGCAUGGACCUUUGGAGUUGCAAACAUCAUUUUGAAGCUUCCUUUUUCACUUGUGGACACAUCUGUUUGGACAAUCGUUACAUAUUAUGUUAUAGGUUACGCACCUGGUCCCGGAAGGUUCUUUAGGCAGUUACUAGCAUACUUUUGCACUCACCAGAUGGCUGUGGCCAUGUUCAGGCUGCUAGGUGCACUUUUACAAACGAUGGUUGUAGCUAAUACAUUCGGAAUGUUUGUGCUUCUCCUUGUUUUCUUGUUCGGAGGAUUUGUCAUCCCCAGAACCGACAUCCAAUCCUGGUGGAUCUGGGGAUACUGGAUAUCUCCCAUGAUGUAUAGCAAUAAUGCUAUAUCAGUCAAUGAAUUCCUUGCCAGUAGGUGGGCUAUUCCAACCGCUGAAGGGAGCAUUGGUUCGUCAACAGUUGGGAAGGCUUAUCUCAAAUCCAAAGGCUACUUUACUGGUGAAUGGGGGUAUUGGCUUUCCAUUGGGGCCAUGAUAGGAUUUAUGAUUCUUUUUAACAUUCUCUACCUUUGCGCUCUUACAUUUAUGAGCUCUGCUGGCAGUUCAAGUACUGUGGUUUCUGAUGAGACCACUGAAAAUGAGUUGAAAACAGGGUCAACGAAUCAAGAACAGAUGUCGCAGGUUACCCAUGGUACGGAUGCAGCAGCAAACAGGAGAACUCAGACAGGAAUGGUGUUGCCAUUCCAACCUUUUUCACUUUCUUUCAACCACAUGAACUACUAUGUAGACAUGCCUGCUGAAAUGAAGGCACAAGGAUUCACAGAAAACCGCCUCCAGCUACUAUCUGAUAUUUGUGGUGCAUUCAAACCUGGUGUUCUGACCGCGUUAGUUGGUGUCAGUGGAGCUGGAAAGACCACUCUAAUGGAUGUACUGGCAGGAAGAAAGACAAGUGGGACAAUCGAGGGAGACAUCAGGCUUUCUGGCUACCCUAAAAAACAAGAAACUUUUGCCCGUAUAAGUGGUUACUGCGAACAAACUGAUAUCCAUUCGCCAAAUGUUACUGUGUACGAGUCUCUUGUUUAUUCUGCUUGGCUCCGCCUUUCGUCAGAAGUUGACGAGAACACAAGAAAGGUAUUUGUGGAGCAAGUGAUGUCACUAGUCGAGCUUGAUGUAUUGCGUGAUGCUCUCGUUGGUCUACCUGGCGUUAGUGGGUUGUCAACUGAACAAAGGAAAAGGCUGACAAUUGCUGUCGAGCUAGUUGCAAAUCCUUCAAUCAUCUUCAUGGAUGAGCCAACUUCUGGCCUUGAUGCUAGAGCUGCAGCUAUCGUUAUGCGUACCGUGAGAAACACAGUUAACACAGGACGAACUGUGGUUUGCACAAUCCAUCAACCGAGUAUUGAUAUCUUCGAGUCUUUUGAUGAGCUUCUAUUGAUGAAGAGGGGAGGACGGGUUACAUAUGCUGGCAAGCUUGGUCGCUAUUCUAACAUACUAGUUGAAUACUUUGAGGCAGUUCCAGGUGUUCCAAAAAUAGCAGAAGGAUACAACCCAGCUACGUGGAUGCUUGAAGUUAGCUCUCCUCUAGCUGAGGCGCGCCUGAAUGUAGACUUUGCUGAAAUUUAUGCCAAUUCUGCGCUUUACCGGAGCAAUCAAGAACUUAUUAAGGAGUUGAGCAUUCAACCACCAGGCAGCCAGGAUAUCUCAUUUCCUACCAAGUAUUCUCAGAAUAUCCUAAAUCAGUGCAUGGCAAAUGCUUGGAAGCAAUUCAGAUCUUAUUGGAAGAAUCCACCCUAUAACGCUAUGCGUUAUCUUAUGACGGUUCUCUAUGCUCUUGUGUUUGGUACAGUCUUUUGGCGAAAGGGAAAGAAUAUAGAGUCCGAGCAGGACCUGUACAGUCUACUUGGAGCCAUCUAUGCUGCUGUUUUCUUCCUUGGGGCUUCUACUUCAUUCUCAAUUCUGCCAGUUGUGUCUAUUGAGAGGACAGUGUUCUACCGUGAAAAGGCAGCUGGGAUGUACUCUCCACUGUCUUACGCGGUUGCGCAGGCACUGGUCGAGUUCGUGUACAGUGCAGCUCAGGGUAUUCUUUAUACUGUCCUCUUCUACGGCAUGGUUGGCUUUGAGUGGAAGGCAGACAAGUUCUUCUACUUCAUGUUCUUUCUUGUUGCAUGCUUUACCUACUUCACAUUGUAUAGCAUGAUGCUUAUUGCAUGCACUCCCUCCCAAAUUCUUGGGAGCGUUCUUGUUGCAUUCUCCCUAACUCAGUGGAACAUUUUCGCCGGCUUCCUCAUAUCACGACCGAUGAUACCUGUUUGGUGGAGGUGGUUCUACUGGGCUGACCCGGUUUCCUGGACCAUCUAUGGUGUCAUUGCGUCGCAGUUUGGCGACGACAACAGGAAGGUGAUAGCCCCUGGCCUGCGUGAUGGCGUGGUGGUGAAGGAUUUCUUGAAUGAUAAGCUGGGUUACAAGCAUGACUUCCUCGGCUACCUUGUGCUCGGGCAUUUUGGCUACAUCCUCCUCUUCUUCUUCCUCUUUGCAUACGGCAUCACGAAGUUGAACUUCCAGAGACGGUAGGAGGGUGACUAGUCGGAUGUGAAUCCAAAAUCACCUUAUGUUCAGUCAAUUUUCUUGUGUGAAGCAAAUGCAGCAGACUACUGUAUACUAUGCUGCAUUGCUGAAGAGAUGUAGUGGACUCAUGAGAGCAGCUUGUAUCAUAUUGCAGAUAUAAAAUGUAAUUUCUCAUUUUAUUUAAUCAUGAUGUAAUUUUUUCUUACUAGUUCACACUUUAUUUAUUUAGUGUUUCUUUACGCACUUUUGUGUGACCACUAACAAGAGUAGGGACAUUACGAAUUUACAAGGAUUUGUUUGGUGCA